AUGCCGACCCCAAUCCCAACCUUCCUCCUCCCACGAGGUCCACCCUCAGCCAUGAUGCUGCGCGCUCUUCAACGCCAAGCGCAACCGCAACGAAGCUUCAGCACAACGCGCACAGCCCUGAAAAAGACCAACGUCAACGCCAACGCCAAACCCCGCGUCCUCGAGAAGCCAGACAAAUUCCGACCGCCCUCACACCCCCAGCGCUAUGUAGCGCCCUCCUCGAAGAACGCGCCCUCAGGCCAGCCAUUCGAAUACGGACCUCGCACAACCCCCAAACAGAUCGAGGAGCAGAACACAAAGCAGUACCCGAACAUGUUCCCACCAGAGGGCACAGUCAUGCACAAGUUCCUGACGAGUAAAUGGAUCCAUAUCUGGAUUGCAAUGAGCAUUCUCUUCUCCCUAGCAACAUUCACGUUCACGACCAAUUUCAAAGCAACCUCGCCCUUCGCGCACCUCCUUCCGUCUUGGUCCGAGCUCCUCACAAGCCCCUUCAGCACGAUUGGACGGGCGUUCUCUGUUUGGCGGAUGCAUGUGCAGCAUGAGUCUAUGCGUGUGCGCGAGCAGAGACAUCGUCGGGUUGAGGAUGCUGAGAAGAGGAAGGCUUAUCGCGUUGCGCAUGGCUUGGAAGAAGAGGAGGUUAAGAGUGGUGCUGUCGAGGGUGGGAAGGAGGGACACGUUGAUGUGCAGAGUCCUGUUGCUGUUGAGGGAGCUGGUGGUGGUGCGGUUGGUGAGGGGGAGUUUGUGGAUUGGGAGGGGAAGAAGAGACCAGUUAAGAAGUGGCUCGGGAUUUGGUGA